AGAUGUAGAGCUGGAAAACAAUCGAUGGAACUAUCGAUACCAUCGAUGUUUUUGAAAUUUUCUCAACAUCGAUGGUUCGUUGGCCACUAUUCAUUCAUUAAUUCUGUGCAUUGAGGACAACGUUGAAAAUUUGAAUACCUCGCAAGCAAGUGGUGGUGUUCGUUGUAGGCGUGGUGCUACAAAAUGGACAAGUUUGUGAAAAUAACAUCAACUAGCAAUAAAGAAAAUGACGACGAUGGACAGCAUGCAACAAAGCGCAAAAGAGAAACAUCGAUGGUUUGGCAGGUAUUUAAAAAAUGCAAAGAUAGCAAUACGGCGAUUUGCAACCAGUGCGGUAAGCAGUACAAAACUGGUGGAAAUACCACUAACCCCAUGGAUACCCUGAAGCGUAUUCAUCCUGCGCUACUAAAAGAGCAACCUCUAGAAAAGGAAAAAAGUUUGACAAAGUUCCUAGAGCGUGACACCCUUUACUUAAAUAAGUCAGAAAAAAAAACGUAUUGACAAGCUUGUAUUAAAUAUGGUCGCGUCCGAUGUCUUGCCAUUAAAUGUGGUUAAUAAUGUAAGGUUAAAAAGGUUGAUUCAUGAGCUUGAUCCACGUUACAAAAUGCCUAGUAAGACUCACUUGCGAAACGUACUGUUAAAAAAUGAAUACAACAAUUUAAAAGAUACUUUAAAACCAGAUUUAGAGCAUAUAGAAAGCGUCGCAUUGACAAUAGAUGGCUGGACAUCAAGAGCAAAUGAAUCAUAUUUAACAAUUACCUGUCAUUAUGUAACCACAUCUUUUGAGCUUGCAUCAAAAAUUUUGUCAACAAAUCAACUAGCUUCCCCUACAAACCAUUCAGCUAUUAACAUUGCUGAUACUAUCAGUAAUGUUGUAGCUGAAUGGGGCUUACUAGGGAAAUUCUUUUGCAUAGUUACC